AUGGGUCGUGGUCUAGGCUCUUCAGGUGCUGCAGUUGUGGCUGGCGUUAUGUUAGGCAAUGCCUCCGGAAAUUUAGGUUUAACUAAGGAGCGCAUGCUUGAUUAUUGCUUGAUGAUAGAACGUCAUCCUGACAAUGUUACAGCUGCUUUAAUGGGUGGAUUUGUGGCUUCGUACUUAAGGGAGUUAAAUACGGAUGAUACAGGGAUUCCACAUUCGGAAGAAUUAGAUGAAAGGAAUGAUACGAUAAAUAAAAUUUCGGCACAAAUUGUUUUUAAUUUACAAAGGUUAGCAGUUUUAAUAAUGGCAUUAUCUCAAUCACCACCGGAUGCGGAUUUAAUAUGUCAAGCUAUGCAAGAUAAAGUUCAUCAACCAUAUCGUAAACAACUGAGAAAUAUUGAGACGGUUGUGAAAGUAUUAGAUGUUGUCGAUGAUGGGGCUCAGAUCGUGGAAACGUAUUAG